AUGAUAAGACAUAGCAACCUCCAGAAACAAGUUCUCAGUCUGUAUAAACAGUUUUUACGGGCUGGCAAAGACAAGCCAGGGUCCCUUCCCCAAAUCCAGCAUGAGUUCAGGAAGAACGCCAAGAUCCCAAGGACUGAUGUUAUGCGUAUUGAGUACCUGGUGCGCCGUGGCCGUAGGCAACUGGAACAGCUGAAAGAUGUGAAUACAAAACAGCUUGGGGUUUUCAUCAGACCCCCUUCAAACCCAUCUGGAUCUGCAUAA